GAAAAAAAUUUGGAUGACAAAGCGUAUCGUAAUAUCCAGGAACUGGAAAAUUAUGCAGAAAACACACAGAGCUCUCUGCUUUAUUUAACACUAGAAAUAUUGGGUAUAAAGGAUCUUCAUGCAGAUCAUGCUGCAAGUCACAUUGGAAAAGCACAAGGCAUUGUCACUUGCUUGAGAGCAACACCAUAUCAUGGUACCAGAAGAAGGGUAUUCCUUCCCAUGGAUAUUUGUAUGCUGCAUGGUGUUUCACAAGAGGAUUUCCUGCGGAAGAACCAAGAUAAAAAUGUGAGAGAUGUGAUAUAUGAUAUUGCCAGCCAGGCACAUUUGCACCUAAAGCAUGCUAGGUCCUUCCAUAAAAGUGUUCCUGUGAAAGCAUUUCCUGCUUUUCUUCAGACGAGAAUCCACAAGCAUGAUCUCUGUUGGAACACACGUUGUGCUGCAGAACUCCAUUGUGAACUGCGCACAUGGUCUGAGAAGGGAGUGGUGCCUCUUAGAACUGUGCAGUGCAACACUAAGUGGCUUCUCUGUUUAAUAGUAAAAUUAUUGAAAUAA